GGAUGCAGAUUUUUUUCCUCACCAUGUGUUCUCUUUAAAACUGCACUGAACAAAAACCAGUGCUUGGAAGGAAAGAAUACAAUGGAGGGCUAGGAAUGGAGAUGGAAGGAAACAAAGGAGCAAACUUUGCUCCCUUGGGAUGGAUGCAUUCUUCUUGGACAACCAGUGGUUGGGCUUUCCAAUCUUAAACAGGGGAUGCAUUUUGGAAAAUGAUUCAAGGAAUAUCAGCAGCAGAUGUUUCUUCAGAUAAAGACCAAAUUGGUUAUAUUGAAACAUCGACAACAUUGACACCAUCGGCAAUGAUGAGUUCAGAGGAGUAUGUAAGUGAUAACAGUUCUCUUUUGAGUUUGCAGCCAUGGAUUUUUAAAAGGGAGAAACAAGAGAAGAUGGAAGGGAAUGAGGGUGAUUUUCAUACAAUGGGUUAUGGACUUGAAAGAUUGGUGAACAGGUUUGGGACUGAGUUUUCUCCGAUGAGUGGAGAUAGCAUUAGAAGGCGAAGCUUGUUUAGAAGUAGGAGAACUCGUCGAUACUAUGUUAAACCUCUUACUUCGGUUGAGAACUCACUGAUCCCUCAGCUCUACAAGGAUGUUGAGGUUGAAGAAUGUAUUUUUAGUUCGCCUCCGCCUUCGCUCACUCCAACUUUGAGACCAUUCUGUAUAAGUGAUGGGAGUCGGAUUAUCAGCAAGUCAAGCUCUGGUUCUUCGUGUAUGACACUUGACAAUGUGUUGCAUAAGGAAGUUCAUGAACUUGAUUACAAGAACAGCGAGUUGACUUCCGGAGAGACGGACAAGGAUGGUGGGGCUCCCCGUCUUCCUGAACGAAGUAAACAAAAGAGAAAGAACAGGAGGGUGAAUCCAGAGCGAUCUCAGAAACAUUCUCAUUCUCGAGGUUUAUUUGAUAAAAUUUUUAUGUACUGCCUUGGGGUAAAUGUUGGUGUGAUGUUUGCUGCUCUAGCGAAUAAAAGAGAACUAGAGAAGUUGAAUGGCAUGUUGAAGUACUCAGAGAGCUUGGUUCAGGAUUUGCAAGAGGAACUUGAGAUGAAGGAUUCAGUCUUUGUAAGGGAGCUUGAGAAUGAAACCAAUGAAGCUCGAGAGCCUAAUCUGAUUUCCAAUGCCGAGAAAUCUACUGCAUCUAUCCAGAAUCAAGCCCUGCCAUCCCCUGAACCUGUGAAUGUGAUAGAAGAAGAUGAUCAACAAGCCCCAUCUGAGCUGGCAAGUGACCCGGAAGCUCUUACUAAAAUUGAAGCUGAGCUUGAAGCUGAAUUGGAGAGAUUGGAACAGAGCUUGAAUGCUUCUAGUUUGAAACAGAGAAUUCAUGAUCUUACUGAGCUUGAUCCAGAUCUCCUAGUGGACGUCGUCCAUGGGGAACUUAAAGCUGAUACGAUUGACACGGAAAGCCUGUAUGAAGCCAAAGGAGAUACUGACAGCACCUCUGCAUUUGAGACACUCGAUGUGAAUUAUGCUGUAUCACCUACAGAACUAAGUAUACGUCUUCAUGAAUUGAUUGAAGUUCGGCUUCAUGAACGCAUUGAAGAGCUCGAGAGAGCCCUGUCACAGAGCCAGCAGAAAGCCCAACUUAUGGAAACCGAGCGAGUGAGCACCAGGAUAGACUUCUCAAUCAGCGACACAGGAUCGUCUUCCAAUCAAGAAAGCCCGAGAUCAGCAGAAGCAGACAUUGCUCAAGUCCAUCCACUCUGCAUAAACUUGACCGGAGAUGCAGUCAAUGCUUAUGACGAAGCUUACGAAGAGUUCAUGCGGAUGACCGAAACAUUGCAGCUGAGUACUCCAACAACAACUAAUGCUGAUGAUGAACAGAUUGAUGAGUGUUAUGUAGAGGAAACAUUACCAGGGUUUGAUGAUGAAGCACAGACAUGGGGACACAUGUUGAAAGGUAAAAAGUAUGGUGAUGAAAUUAUAACUGAUUUAGGCAGUGAAGAGGAUGAUGUUGAGGAUGAAGAGGGAAAGGAAUUGAUUCAAAAGAUUGUAGAGAAAACUAAGAAAGGAUCCCCUGUACUGAUAAAUGCUCAAAUGAUGUUCUUUGCAUUGGAUACUUGAUAAUUACAUUGAUAAUAUAAUUAAAUAUAAGUAUCACAGAGUCAUUUCUUUU